GAUGCGGUGAAGCAGCUGGAGGACCGGCUGCAGGAGACGGGAGGAGAGCUGCGGCAGCUCAAGAGGAGCCUCAGCGAGACCGAAGACCCCUUCACGCAGGUGAGCCGUGGGGCUGGGGCUGUGUUGGGUGCCCUGGGCAGGGGUGUGGGGCCACGGUGCUUGGGUGUAAGAAGCGGUGAAGGAGCUGGUGUCCUGCCAUGGUACAAGGCGCAGCAGGAGAAGAAGCGGCUGCAGGAGGAGCUGAGCAUGCAGCAGUGCCAGUGCGAGGAGCCCAAGCUCCGGCAGCCCCAGGGCGAGCGCAUCAGCCCCAAGCUGGAGGAGACCAAGUGGGAGGUGUGCCAGAAAGCAGCGGAGAUCUCCCUGCUGAAGCAGCAGCUCCGGGACACCCAGGAGGAGAUGGCUCAGAAGCUGGGUGAGAUCUUCAGCCUGAAGACGCAGCUGCGGGAGGCCAAGGCGGAGGUCCAGGCCAGGGACUCCCAGCUGGCACAACUGGCAGACUCCUUCCAGAGCCCCCCGGAGGCCCGGGGCCUUCACGGCGCCCGGGCGGAGCCCCUGGAGCGGCAAGUGGAGUGGCUGUGGGCAGAGUUGCUGCGGGAGCGGCGCCAAGGUCAGCUGCAGGCUGUGAACUUUGAGUUGGAGAGGAAAACCUGGCAGGAGGAGAAGGAGAAGGUGCUGCGGUACCAGCGGGAGCUCCAGGCCAGCUACAUGGAGAUGUACCACCGGAGCCAGGCGCUGGAGCGGGAACUGCGGCAGCUGCGGUCAGAGCCCAGGGACGUCGGGGCCGACUCGCCGUGGAUUGAGCGGGUGGAGUCCUCGAAGAUCUGA